AUUCCGUCCCAAAUAAACAUUAACAGAGCCGGCCAAGCUCAUCUAUGGUCCAUAUUCAAAAAACAGUAAGAUGAUCCAAUGACCAUUAAAUCAUGUGGCACCACCACCCAUUAAUAUCCAUUGAAUUUUACACUAUCACCCUUACUUUUCUACAGUUUCUCCACUUCCACCCCUUCCCCUCAUUCUCUAUAUAAACCUCACCAUUCCCAACCAUCCUCACCCAACAAAGUGACAAACCAAAAGAAAAAAAAAAAUCAUGGGUUCUUUUCCUCACAUAGUGGAGGACUGCAUGGGAGUCCUCCAAGUGUUGAGUGAUGGCACCAUUUUUAGGUCCAAAAACAUACAAUUCAACAUGCCUGUCGUCGAUGAAAAAUCUGUUCAUUUCAAAGAUGCUUUGUUUGACAAAAACCAGAACCUCCAUCUUCGAAUUUACAAGCCCAUGUCAGCAUCUUUUCCAGGCAAUAGUUAUAAACUUCCCAUCAUCAUUUUCAUUCAUGGUGGUGGGUUUUGCGUAGGCUCCCGCAUGUGGCCUACCAGUCACAAUUCCUGCCUACGCCUAGCGUCCGGGCUCAAAGCGCUUGUCGUCUCACCAGACUAUAGGUUGGCCCCGGAGCAUAGGCUGCCGGCAGCUAUGGAUGAUUCAGCCAGUGCCAUGAAGUGGUUGCAAGGUCAAGCUUUGAGUGAAACUAGUAGUGAUGCAUGGUUCAAUAGUGGCGAGGUUGACUUUGACCAGGUUUUUGUCAUGGGUGACUCGUCAGGUGGCAAUAUUGCACACCAUUUGGCAGUUCGGUUCGGUGCUGGUUCGACCGAGUUGGCUCCGAUUCGAGUACGAGGUUACGUAUUGUUGGCACCAUUUUUUGGUGGGGUGGACAGGACAAAGUCAGAAGCGGGGCCUAGCGAAGCUUUGUUGAAUCUUGAGAUACUGGACAGGUUUUGGAGGCUGUCGAUCCCAAUUGGAGAGACAAGGGAUCACCCUUUGGCAAAUCCAUUCGGUCCGUUGACCCCUAGCCUCGAAGCAUUGACACUUGACCCCAUCUUGGUCAUUGUUGGCGGCAGUGAGUUAUUGAAAGACAGGGCUGAGGACUAUGCAAGAAGAUUAAAAGCCAUGGGAAAGAAGAUUGAAUAUGUUGAGUUUGAAGGACAGGAACAUGGUUACUUCAAUUAUGAUCCAUACUCUGACGCUGCAAAUCAAACCCUUCAAGUUAUCACAAGAUUCAUGUCUCACAACUCUGGUUGAGAUCAGCUAGUAGCUAUUUUCAUGUAGAUUUUUUUUUUUUUUUUGUGUGGCAUUCUUAGAAAUUAGAUUACUCAAUUGGAUGUAUGAUCGAUCCUAGGAAUAUAUUUGUCGUAGUAACUUUUUUUUUUUGUGUGUGUGUGCACGAGUGUGAGGUUAUCAUUGGAUAAUAAAA